AUGCCACAUAUGAACGGGAUUGUUGAGGCAGCAAACAAAAACAUCAAAAGAAUAUUGCGCAAGAUGAUUGACAACCACAAACACUGGCAUGAAAAGCUACCUUUCGCACUACUGGGGUAUCGUGCCACAAUCAGAACUUCAACCGGGGCCACACCUUACUUCUUAGUAUAUGGUAGUGAAGCUGUGAUACCCGUCGAAGUAGAGAUACCAUCCCUAUGGAUCAUUCAAGAAGCAAAGUUGAGUGACGCUGACUGGAUACAAAGUCGGGCAGAGAAUCUAGCAUUAAUAGAUGGAACAAGAAUUAACGCUAUUUGUCAUGGUCAGCUCUAUCAGAAUAGAAUGGCUAGAGCUUUCAACAAGAAGGUUAGAUUCAGACAUUUCUCGCCUGGGCAACUAGUUUUCAAGCGGAUUUUCCCAAAUCAAGACGAAGCAAAGAGUAAAUUCUCACCAAACUGGCAAGGCCCGUACAAAGUCUCUCGAGUACUGACAGGUGGGCCCUCAUACUUGCAAAAAUGGAUGGAGAAGUCUGCCCAAAGCCUAUAA